AUGGGCCAAUCUAUAACCACCCCUUUAAGCCUAACUUUACAGCACUGGCGAGACGUCCAAGACAUUGCAAACAACCAGUCAGUGGACAUCCGGAAGAGACGCUGGGUAACUUUUUGUUCCUCAGAAUGGCCAACGUUCAAUGUGGGUUGGCCUAGGGAUGGUAUUUUUGACAUUAAUGUCAUCCUGCAGGUAAAAGCUAAGGUGAUGGAUCCUGGCCCUCACGGGCACCCAGAUCAGACUGCAUAUAUCGUGACCUGGGAAGCAAUGGCUUAUGACCCGCCACCAUGGGUCAAGCCUUUUAUUACACCAAAGACCCCUGCCCUUACUCCCUCUGCACCUACUUUGCCCCCUCCACUCCUCCCCACCCCGGCGGGACCCCCACCCCACUCCUCCCUGUACCCAACCCUCACCAAGUCCCCGAUGCCCAAGCCCCCUCCCCCAAAAGUCUUACCCCCAGAUGAUGACCUCCUGAUGGACCUCCUCACGGAGGACCCUCCCCCGUAUCGGGAGCCAGCUCUGCGGCCUCCAAAUGAGGCUGACUCAACCGAAAGAAGAGAGGAGCAAGCGGCGCCAGCCUCUGCUGCCUCUGCCGAUCCUUCUCCGAUGGCUGCACGCCUGAGGGGAAGGAGGGAUCAACCACCUGCGGCGGAUACAACCUCCUCCCAGGCAUUCCCUCUUCGCACAGGAAUGAACGGCCAACUCCAAUACUGGCCGUUCUCUGCCUCAGAUCUGUAUAACUGGAAAAAUAACAAUCCUUCUUUUUCCGAGGACCCCUCUAGGUUGACAGCUUUAAUUGAAUCCAUUUUGAUUACCCAUCAGCCUACAUGGGACGACUGCCAACAGAUGUUGCAGGCUUUGCUGACCUCGGAGGAACGGCAGAGAGUCCUCCUGGAGGCCCGGAAGGAAGUCCGGGGACCUAAUGGCCGCCCCACCCAAUUGCCUAAUGAAAUAGAUUCUGCCUUUCCACUUGAACGCCCCUCUUGGGAUUUCACCAUGAUAGAAGGUAGGAAUCACCUAGCCCUCUAUCGCCAGUUGCUCAUAGCGGGUCUCCACAGGGCGGCUCGACGCCCAACGAAUUUGGCUCAGGUAAAGCAGGUUAUCCAGGGGUCAGAGGAAACUCCCUCUGCGUUCCUUGAGAGGCUCAAAGAGGCUUACCGCAGAUAUACUCCCUAUGACCCUGAUGACCCCGGACAGGAGACCAAUAUCUCCAUGUCUUUUAUUUGGCAGUCAGCUCCAGAUAUCAGACGCAAAUUGGAGCGUCUAGAGAACCUCAGGGAAAGCUCACUCAGGGAUCUGUUAAAAGAGUGUCGGGACAGAGGCAGGAUAGACAGGGAGGAGACAGAAGGAGGCCCCCUCUUGACAAGGAUCAAUGUGCCUAUUGCAAAGAGAAGGGACACUGGGCAAGAGAUUGCCCUAAGAAACCGGACGGAUUUAAAAGACCUGGACCACGCCGUGCCUCCCUCCUAA